UUGCCCCCUUCGCUUCUUUAAAACCUUGGCAGAGUAUUUGACUCCCUCAUUUUUUUCAUCAACAAAAUCAAACGCUCUCGGCGAGAAUCUCACUUAAUAAAAUACUUUCAGAUUUUUUUUUCAUCUCUUAGCUCUGGUUUUAGUUUCAAUGGUGGAGAUGGAGGGAGAUUCUAGAAGAGUGCGAGUGAAGGAAGUUGAUGAUGCAGAUGAGAUCAAGGUUAGAAACGAGAAUAAUACUAAUAAGAUAAAGAAUCAGCAGCAGCAGAAGAAGAAGAAGAAGAAGAAGAAGAAGAAGAAGAAGAAGAAGAGAAGAUCAUCGAGUUUGGCGAGAUUUGGAUGCUUGAGAAUGGAAUCUGAUGUGAACGGAGGUAUCAAUAUGGAAGUCGAGUUUCCGGGAGAGCGUAACGAUCCUACUCAUCUUGUUAUCAUGGUUAAUGGCAUCAUUGGCAGUGCUCAGGAUUGGAGAUUUGCUGCAAAGCAGUUUUUGAAGAAGUAUCCGCAGGAUGUUAUUGUUCACUGCAGCAAGCGCAAUUCUUCAAUGUCGACAUUUGAUGGUGUCGAUGUAAUGGGUGAUAGAUUAGCAGAGGAGGUUAAAUAUGUCAUUAGCUGUCACCCAAGUGUUCAGAAGAUUUCUUUUGUUGGUCAUUCAUUAGGUGGCCUUGUAGCAAGGUAUGCCAUUGCACGGCUUUAUGAACAAGAUCUCACUCGAAAAAUUUCUCAAACAAAUGGAGAUUGUGGAACUGAUCAUUUGGGAGAUUCAUGCCCUGAUGGGAAAUUAAAAGGGAAAAUUGCUGGACUAGAGCCCAUGAAUUUCAUAACAUUUGCAAGUCCCCACCUCGGUUCCCGGUGGCAUAAACAGGUCCCAUUGUUCUGUGGCUCCCAUGCACUGGAAAAAAUUGCUGCCCGCAUAUCAUGGUUUCUUGGUAGAACUGGAAAACAUUUGUUUUUGACUGAUAGAAAGAAUGGAAAACCACCACUUCUUCUCCAGAUGGUCAAUGAUUGUGAAGAUCUUAAAUUUAUAUCCGCUCUUCAGUCCUUCAGGCAUCGUGUUGUGUAUUCAAAUACAAGUUUUGACCAUAUUGUUGGAUGGAGUACCUCUUCCUUACGGCGUCGAAAUGAACUUCCAAAGAUUAAAAAUCUUCCAAGAGGUGACAAAUACCCACACAUUAUAAAUGUGGAAACAGCAAAAACAGCUGCCCUUGAUGAAGACCCUUCCGAGGCCAAAAUCAAUGGAAAUGAGAAGAUAAACAUGGAAGAGGAAAUAAUCAAAGGUUUAACAAAAGUCAGCUGGGAACGGGUUGAUGUUUACUUCAAAGGAAGCAGACAAAGGCUUCUUGCACAUAGUACCAUUCAGGUGAAAAGCUACUGGGUUAAUUCUGAUGGAGCUGAUGUAGUCCAACACGUGAUUGACAAUUUUCUCUUAUAAGAGGUGGCGAUUUGUUGCUAUACAUAUGUAAAUUGCCAAAUGGCUUUUUGGUCCAAUGGCAGUCUGGAAGGACUGUUAACGGUGAAAAAUUCUCAGUUAAAGCUCCAACCCAAAUCGGAUCGGAUGAGUAGCCUGAUCUCGUGGACAGGUUCUACGCGUGAGGUUGGAACGUGGAAAUUUACUCUGCAGGGUUUAAAUGGGUGGUGGCCAUUAACGCUGAGCAGAAGGUGGAAUAUCAUAUUUGUGUGUAAAUAUAUAUUAUUUAAUAAUCUUAGGUGUCCUACAUGUGUUGUAACGAGUAAAGACGGAUUACUUGCUAGCGGUUCAACCUGCUUUAUUUUCAGUCAGAAAUAAGAUGACAGCAUCGUCCAAAGAUUGUAACGAUUAUAAGGUACUAGCUUCGCAGGAUGCAACUCCACGUAUGUGGGCGUCUGAGUGUUAAGUAUGAUCUGAUCCAGAUAUGUAGUUAAUAGAGAAUUUAAAUUAUCUUAACAUCUUGUCGGUCCCAGCCCAGCUCACUCUCUGUUCCUUGUGUAGGCUUUUAUGUUACAGCUGGACUUUGGCCCAAUCCCCUGGCAUUAUACUGGUCCUGUAAUGCCUUAAUGGUGGUGUGUAACUGUAAUCAAUAAUGGAUAAGGUAUCAGUAUCAGAAUUCAGAUGUAAAUUAGAAAUGAAAUUUCAACGCAAUUAGAAAAUUUCUGUUGUCUUGCAAUCCGCCAAACUUUUUUGGUGUAAUAUUCUUAAGAGUUUGGUCCAUUGUGAUAAUUUACGAAUGGCAAGCAGAUUCUUAACUUACUAUUAUGAUUUUGUUAUCUCAUAAACGAGGAUUCCAAAAAAAUACUUACAAUUUCUGGAUACGGAAUUGAGUUUGUUUUUGAUAACAUUGAAAUUACUUGACGUAAAAGGGUAAAUAUUUUUUGAUGAACCGGUAUCUUAAAACUUGUGGGAGCACUGGAGAACUCUGCUGUAAUUGGUAGCCAUAAGCGGUUAGAAUUGCAGAGUAUAUACAGUGUUCUCUGUUAAGGACAGGACUCUCAUUCCCAAGAGCGUGCGGGAGCUUGCAGGUAAAAUAUUUAACUCUCCAACCAACCCAGAAAUUUGCUGUUCCUACCAUAAUUUGCUGUUCCUACCAUAAAAGACUAUAUUAUCAAUCAAACUCCAUAGUCUGUUGCCUUGUAUACCAACCCCCGAAUACUAUCCUCCUCGGGAAAUAGUAAUGAAAAAAGAAAAAACUAUUCCCAAUUCCUAAGUGAUAGAGAUUUGGCGUGUUGGAGUGGAACUGGUCACGACUCACGAGUCAUUGACUCUGCCCACGAGCCAAAACCUUAAAACCAGGCACCCACCUCAAAAGGAACGUAAACAGGGGGGGACAAAAUGAAAGGAGAAAUGGGGAAGGAAUGGAAUGGAAUAGGAAAUUCCAGUAACCUAGCUAAAUCCCGACUGUGACGUUACAUAAACCCCUUUUGUAGAAAACUCUCUAUCAUUUGGUAUUUGUGUGAU